AUGGGAAAGAACUUUGAGACAAGCCGCAUUCGUGUAGGCAUCUUAGGCGCUGGGAUCGCCGGCUGCUGUCUAGCUGUUGGUCUCCUUCAGAACCCACUCUUAGACGUUCAGCUGUUUGAAAAAUAUGCAAACAUUCGAGUCCGCGGGUCUGGUCUUGCGCCACACGGCAACGCCAUCAGGGCCAUGGACUUGAUCUCGCCCAAGAUCAAGCAGGCAUACUUCAAUAAAUCGCACUUCAUGGCCAACGACGAACACACUGAGAUGGCAACACAGUUCAAAUUGUCUAGUGGUGAACAUGCUGGAGUUGUCUUUGCUGAGCUAGGGAGGGCCAAGGGCAGACGGACCGUUCAUCGCGCGCACUUCAUACAAGGACUGCUUGAAGAAGAUGUGGUUCCCCAUCAUCACGUUCACUUCAACAAGCGGGUCACUAAAAUGGAGGAAGACCCCAUCACACGAAAAGUCACCGUUUCAUUCGAAGAUGGCACUCAAGAUAUCUUUGAUAUUGUUUUCGGCGCGGAAGGUGUCAACAGCCCGACUAGGAAGUUUGUCCUCGGGCCUGAUCAUCCGAGCGCCUCUCCCGUCAACCACGACCAAUGGCGUCAGUUCCACACCACCGUCCCCAUGUCCGAAGCCAAGAUGGUCGUCCCUAUAGAGUCAGUCAACACAGUCAUUACGUAUUGCACACCUUACGGGUUCAUCAACGCAAUCCCGCUUGACCUUGGCCAAACGUACAGCGUGGGCUGCUAUCAAAGAGACACCAAAUGCCCGGAACGUGGCGCUCCGUUAAACCCCCAACUCUGGAAGGGUCUACUUCCGGGAGUCGAUGCCUUGAUAUCUCUUCUAGAACAAGGCCACACAGAGAAUUGGACUCUUCAAGACCAUGACCAUGCUCCCUCCUACUAUAGAGGACGGGUAGCCAUGGUCGGUGAUGCCGCCCACGGAACACUUCCUCACUCUGGCAACGGCGCUGCACAAGCCAUUGAGGAUUGCUCAGUGCUCACUGGUAUCUUCUUACGCUUGACAUCCUUGAAUGAGCUUGAAGCCGCUUUCAAAGCCUAUGACCAAGUGCGCAUUCCACGGAGUCAAAAGAUUGUAGAGAUUACGAGAAGCUUUGGGCGACUUUACAGCCGCGAUCCUGAUGAGAUUGUCCUGGAUGAGAUGAAGGCUGAGAUGAGGGAAGGUGGAAUGUACAUCAACGGAGUGGACAUGGAGGCUCAAGUCGAGAGUGCCAUCGAUGCCUUUGAGAGAUUCAAAGAGAUUUCAAACUGA